GGCAAAUGCAUAAAGGGCUUUGCCGACUCGGUGUGGGCAAACAUAACAAAGGAAUUUGACUCAUUCUGGAAUUUAGCCUACAUUGAUCUCGGGGGAGGGGCCUAGGUCUCCUUUUGGCACGAUCGAUGGAUACCUUCCAUGACUCUCGCCAAUGCCUUUCCAAGAGUCGCCGUUGCUGCUUCUUGGCCAGAUGUUUGGGUCUCCGACAAUACCACCUACACAGGUGAGAACUUGGUUUGGAAUGUUGAUUUACAUUUUAAUUUGAGAAGGGGGGGGGGGGGGGUAGGCUGAGAGGGAUAGGGUUGCUCUACUCAAAUUUUUUGGUAACCUUGAUGUCACUCGUAUGAGUUGUCGGUCGAGCCAUAUUUUCUGGUCUUCACAACCCAAGUUUGUUUUUUUGUCAAAAACAUGUACAGGUCGCUGAUUAAGAACGAGUACGAAGAUUUGAAUGAGUUCCCGGCUGAAUAUGUAUGGAGGAGGAUUAUUCCAUCCAAGAUUUGCGCGUUCGUGUGGAUGGUGGCUCACAAGAAAAUCCUUACUAUUGACAACCUCAAGAGACGAGGAUGGGCUAUGACGAACAGCUGUCCCCUUUGUUUGAAAAGGGAAGAGUCGAUUGACCACAUUUUCGUGGACUGCAGCUUCACCAAGAAAAUUUGGACCAAUGCAUUUAGAGUUUGUGACAGUGUCGUUCCACCUAACAGAGACAUUGUUUCAACGAUCCGGGGAUGGUGGAAUGACACUCCGGGCAGCACCAUAGAGAGGGUUGUUUACUGCUUACUGCACACGAUUUGCUAGGGAAUAUGGCUCGAGCGGAAUCAGAGAAUUUUUCGUGACCUCAAGUCGUCCUCCAACGAUGUUUUCUACAGGACAAUGAGAGCAAUUACCGUGGAUUGUUGCACAGGGCAAGGCAGGGAGAGAUAAGGGAAAUAAGUAGUUGAGAAACUGUUAGUCUGUCUUGCUUUGUUGUUUUUGUUUUCCUCUAUGGUUUUGUGCAGCUGGGCAGCCCGUUUUGGCUGUUUUGUUUUUAGCUGCCUUGUUGUUUCUCUCCUUUCUUUCUCGACUUCUUACUUCUUGUGAGUUGUCUCAGCCUUGUUUGUUUUUGUUUUUGUUUUUUCACUUCCUGUUUGCUUCACUUUUUUUAGUUCAAUGAAUUUUCACCCUUAUAAAAAAUGACACUUUCACUAAAGAUUAGUAUUUCUAGUGGUAUUAGCGGUUAUUAUUAUUGUUAUUAAUUUCAUAGACUCUGUUGCAUAUUCUAUGUGUGGGUUGGGUUGGUUAUCUUUUUUUCCUUUCCCUCCAUAAUGAUAAUUCUUUCCAUCUACCUAAUUUUUUUUUCUAUGCAACUUCUUUGGUAAUUUAUUUAUUUUAAUUUUGUGAGGUUUCAAUUGGUAGCAGUGUAAUAAACCUGCUAUAUUUAUUACUGGUGCUAUUUCUUUUUAAGGAAAUGAGAAGAAAAUUAAGGGCAAAUCAUUAAAUUCAUUUCCAACCCCAUCCACCAUCAUCAUCAUCAUCAUGGAGUUCACACUAUUGCAAUAACUCGCUCACUUACUUCUCCCAAAUUUAAGCAAUUCAUUUCCGAUUGAUUUUCAAAUUCAUUCCUUUUUUUUUUCAAAUUCGAAACAAACGGCCCAUUUCUCUGCCCAGCCUUGCCCUCUCCCCCAACAACAAACAAGGACAGGACAAGACAAGAGAAAGAGAAACCCACAAUUUUGCUCGACUCCCCUGCUGCUUCCUCUUCUCUUCUCACCCUUCACUGUGUUUUUUUUUUUCACCCCUCAAUGAGCACGCAAUGGACGAGUCCGAGCAGCAGGUUGAUGAGAUGGCGAGUCCGAGACUGGGUUUCUUGUUUCCUCGCUUCCCGGAUUCCUCCUCUAGAUGAUGACGCGGCAAAUGGUAAUUUCCGGAACAUGGUGUGCGAGUGCAACGUAAAUGACGGCGGCAGAAGGCAGUACCGGCGGAAAAGCAGGCGCAGAAAGGAGCGACGGAUCCUAACUGACGGCGAGACUGAUCAUGACAACAAUAGCACUGAUGAUAAUGUUAGUGGCGGAGGAGUUUCCGGCUCGAAAUCGACGGGGAACGGAGAGGCAACGGAGAGGGAGUUGUGCGUUGUUGACGGCACGGGAACGGGGAGGCGACGGCGGCGGCACCCGGACGAUGAUAAUCGUCAGGAGGAAUAUAUCGUCUUCCGCUUUGGUGAAAACGGUGCUUUUGAAGUUGUCAAGGACGGCCGGCACAGAAACAACUAUAAACCUCAGAAUCAUACCAACGCAGCGGAAAGUAAUUUGGAAGUGGUUACCAAUACCGCCGGCGGGAGUUCCUCCUCUGCCUCCAAGCCCACUGUCAACAGAAAGUUGAAUUAUGGCAAUCAGGAAAAUGGUAGGAGGGAUGAAUCAGCAGCAGCAGCAGCAGGGAAAGGGAGAUGGGAGGAGAAGUUACCAUUGCCAACUACUCAUCAGCAUGGCAUUGUUGGGUCAAGUGUAAAACCAGAGGUGCUUCAUUCUCAGCAGGGAGAAGAGAACUGCAGCUUCAGGCGGCAUCCAUUGGGGGAGAUAGACAGAAACCAAUUCGGGACCUCCGCUGCCGCCGAAUCCGGCAGCAGCAGAGACAAUUCGCAGUCCUCCAGCUCUGGCUCCUUUUCCUUCCCUGUAUUGCAGUGGGAAGAGAUGGUAGGGAGCCCAGUACAAAUGCCAAAACCAGAAGACAACUUUCACCUGCGGAAGCACAGGAUGAAUUGUGCUCGUUUCCAGUGCUGUAGAUUUCGAAGAAACUCCAUCGACUGAGAUUCCUUUCUUGUUGCUUCUACAUGAGCUAUAUAGGAAUAGGACAGGGUAGUGCUACAGUAAUCCUCCAACAGGAUUUGUUUUUUUUUCCCCCCUUCAUUUUCUUAUCAUCAGAACUCGGAAUACAUCAAUCACAAUGUA